CAUACACUAACCAUAAUCGGAACCUCUUUUAGCUACUAUAAAGUAAAACGUUUUAUUAACUAGUUAAGUAAACAUUACAAGCGCGGCGCGACGCAGACAGAACGCUUCCGACACACUGGUUUGGAGCGUUGACAGGUUCAGCAUUCGAGUAUCUCGCGUCGGGUCGGUAGUAGCGUAGAUGUGGCAUACUGUGUUCCUAAAAAGCUUCUAAUAGGAUUCCGCUUUAAUCUCUUCCCAUGGCGUAAAUCAGGUGCGGUUGUCAGUUUAGUUUGCUCGGAUACUGUUGUCACUCUUCUGAACGUGUUCAGCCGUGUUUAGUUGCUUUUUGCACGCUGAUGUUGUUGAGGCGGGGUUCAUCUCUCAUAUUAUCUGUCCACAAGGCGUGUUCUUUGUCCGCGCCUGGGUUGGAGAGUGUAUAAUAGUAAAGCGCAUGGGGAAGCUAAACUUCGCUGCUUGAGCUGACAGGUUCCGGAAAGCGGGUGUUCAAGUUAUAUCACGACAGAUUCACACUUCGAGUGGCAGAAAAGAAUGGAAAACCAGAAAAAAAUGGCAGAAAAGAGUGGAAAACCAGCAUUUGAUAAACCUAAGAUUGAGCUACACGUGCAUCUUGAUGGUGCCAUUCGAAUAAAGACCAUUGUAGAAGUAGCAAAGCGACGGGGAAUCACUCUACCUGUGAGCAGCGAGAAUGAAAUGAGAGACCUGUGCAAAGUGUCUGAGCCGACCACACUCACAGAAUUCCUUGGCAAGUUCAAUCACUUCAUGCAUGUCAUUGCAGGGGACAGAGAGGCCAUCAAGAGAAUAGCUUAUGAGUUUGUAGAGACAAAGGCCAAAGAGGGCGUUAUCUAUGCUGAAGCCAGAUACAGCCCUCAUCUGCUGGCCAACAAGGGAUUGGAUCCUCUACCUUGGGACCAAAAACCGGGAGACAUCACUCCUGAUGAAGUGGUGGACCUGGUGAACCAGGGGUUCAAAGAGGGAGAGAAGGCCUUCAAAACCAAAGUCAGGUCCAUUCUGUGCUGCUUGCGUCACAUGCCAAAUUGGUCUAUGGACGUCGUGGAGCUGUGUAAGAAGUAUCGUAACGAUGGAGUUGUGGCAAUAGACCUUGCAGGAGAUGAAGCCAUGAACUGUGAGGCGUACCCAGGACACAAGAGAGCGUUUGAGGAAGCCGUCAGAAGUGAGGUGCACAGAACAGUGCAUGCAGGUGAAGCGGGCUCUGCCAGUGUGGUGAGGGAGGCUGUGGAAGUUCUCAAAGCAGAACGGAUUGGACAUGGAUACCACACUCUUGAAGAUAAAGCUCUGUAUAAACAACUGCUUGAACAAAACAUGCAUUUUGAGAUGUGUCCAGUCUCUAGCAGACUGACAGGAGCAUGUGACCCAGACUUUACCAAACAUCCUCUCAUCACAUUCAAGAAGGACAAAGCUAACUACUCCUUAAACACAGAUGACCCUACUAUCUUCGACUCCACCUUGAACUCAGACUAUAAGGUGGCGAAGAAAUACAUGGACUUCACUGAAGAGGAUUUCAAGAAAUUGAAUAUAAAUGCAGCUAAGUCCUGCUUCCUUCCUGCGAAGGAGAAAGGAGAGCUUCUUAAACAACUCUAUAAGGCCUAUGGCAUGCUGAAUAGCACGGGCUUUUGAGCGCAGCACUGUGUAAACAAGCACGCGCCGAGCAGAGCCUUUCAGGACAUUUGCCUUUUCACACAAUUGUGGAUCCUGAUUUUUUGAAACUGGAGAACUCAUACACAGCGAAAUAUUUACAUAAAAUAAAUAAAAAGCUCCAACAAAGAUUCAACUUUAGUAGCCUACUUAACAUGUCGUUCAUCAAAAUGAAUGUUACAUAUGUCAUUUAUAUUUCCUUAAACACUGUUACAGCAUACUGGUUUUCACCAAAUGCUGUCGCCUUUCAUCUACAUGCACAUUUUUACAAGUAUUGUAAUAUCUGUAGCCUAAACAUGAUGUAUUGGUCUUACUUCAUUUUUACUCAAAUCUAAGCCACUACACUCUUCUUAAUAUACGCACAGAAUACUAUAAUGUAAUAAAAAUGAGGCAUGUUAAACUGUAUAACAUGUGAAAGGUGCUAUCAGAAUAAAAUUAAAUAGUACCUCAGCUGUAUUUUACAAUGGCAAUAAUGUAAAAAUCCAAAACAUUAAAUCGAACAUGAUCUUAUGUCUGGUGCUUACCUGAUGUAUGUUGUACAUGCAUUAUACAGAUCUUUGGAUAAUAGUUGGCUAUUAAAGGUAUUAGAUAUUUGAUGAUGAGAUGCUGUGCAAAACCCCUGUAAAAUUUCUCGUUCCUUUGUUCUAACACCAGAGGGCAUUUACCAAAAGACGAUUCAUUUAACUCAGGUAUGUUAAUAGAGUUAAUUGACUCAGGAGUUAAUUUGCCUAGUAAAAAAAAAAAAAAAAAAUGGUCAGGUUUUACAUUUUGACUUGUAUAAUGUUAAUUGAAAAGGAAAACAUAUGGACUACAAAUGCUAUGGGAAGGAAGGGAAUGAGAGCUUUGUCAAUGUAUGAACUAUCAAUACAAAUAAUUUUGCAUCUGAA